ACUCAUACACAGACAGGCACACAACCACACCACACACCCAGUUGUGUUUCCACUGUGUCCUCUGUGUUCCCAGCACAAGGCUGGCACUCUGCUCUGUUGGUCUUGUGAACGCAGCCCUCCUCCGCCCGUCUGUCUCUGCAGCUUGGAGCAAAGACUUGAACAAUAUCACUGAAUCACCUGCAGCUCUGUGACGUUUUCUGUGGAUUUAAUUUUUUUCAAGUGUUAAAAACCCACUGAUUGUUUUUGUUUUUGGUGGAAGAAACAGCAGAGACAAUCAUCCAGUGUGGAUUUGUAGUUUAGAAGAGGUCCUCUGUGUGGCUGUGUAAGUCUUCCAAAAUGGCGCCCGUGAAAGGCUGGAUGGUGGGGCUUCUGCUGGUCCUCCUGUGCCCGUCCCAGGUCCCGCUCCCUGGACUGGUGAGUGCCCAGGACGUGGCUGAAGCAGAGGAAGGCCUCCAUGCCAGAGAUGUUGAAGAGGUUGUGGCUGAGGAGGGCGAAACCGCUGAGGGUGAUGAUGAUGACACAGGUGAGGGAGAAGAACAGGUAGAAGAGGAUGAUGAGGGAGAAGCUGAUGAACAAGAGGAAGAGGAGGGUGAGGAGGAGGAAGAAGAGGAUGCUGAGGAGGAGGAGGAGGCUGCUGAUGAGGAAGAGGAAGAUGAUGAUGAGGGAGAGGAAGAUGAUGAUGAUGAUGAGGAGGAAGCGGAGGCUGAUGAGGCAGCAGCUGAGGAUGAUGAUGAUGAUAAUGAGGAGGAGGAGGAGGAGGAGGAGGAGGAAGAGGCUGCUGAGCAGGAAGACGAGGAGGAGGAGGAGGAGGCUGCCGCCGAUGAGGAAGAGGAUGAUGAUGAUGAGGAGGAGGAGGAGGAGGAAGAGGAGCCUGGUGAGGCAGCAGCUGAGGAUGAUGAUGAUGAUGAGGAGGAGGAUGAGGAGGCUGGUGAGGCAGCAGCUGAGGAUGAUGACGAUGAGGAGGAGGAGGGAGAGGCUGCAGAUGAGGAAGAGGACGAUGAUGAUGAUGAUGAGGAGGAGGAGGAGGAGGAGGAGGAGGAGGAGGGGGAGGCUGCAGAUGAGGAAGAGGAUGAUGAUGUAGAUGAUGAUGAUGAGGAGGAGGAGGAUGAGGCAGCAGAAGAGGAGGAAGAGGAGGCUUCUGAGGAGGAUGACGAGGCAGCUGAAGGAGAGGAAGUAGCUGAGGAGGAGGAGGACGGUGAUGAUGAAGAGGAGAAUGACGAUGAGGAUGAUGAUGACUCUGAGGAAGAGGAUGCAGCUGAGGCAGAGGAGGACGACGAUGAGCUUGAAGAUGAGGACACAGCAAAUGAGACAACUGAAGAGGAGCCUGCUGACGACAUCCUGGAAUACCGCUCUGGCUCUUUGUGUAGUGUGUGCUCCAUCUGUGAGCACUGCUCUAAAAACUGCGACCAAUGCCCCUGUGAAGACGGAGAUGAGUCGGAACACUGUGAGAUCUGCCAAGAAUGCUCAUCCUGCUACAUCUGCCCGAUACUGUGUGACACAAUUUGCACACCAGGUGGCCUUGUUGAUGAGCUCAGUGGCUCUCUCUUUCAGACUGUGGCUUCUUUUCUCUGAGCAACCCGGAGACUGCGCCCUUUAACACCACCCUGUGGUAGCAUGAGGUACUGCGCCCAGGAUUGGAGCUGUCCGGCUGUUCAUACCUCUCCAGCAACAUGAGGACUCCCACAAGAGCUUGUCAUGAGUCUGACAGCUGACUGAAAAACAAAAACACAUUUAGGUUUUAGCACAUGUUUAGGUAUGAUUUUUAAUUUGUAAUGAGAGCUGAAAAACAAUUAUAGAGUCUUUUAUUUAUUGAAAACAGCCUAGCUGAGGCUAUUACAUAAUUUCUAAGGACUCUUUUUUGCAGGAUCAUUUUUGUAAAACAGUUUUAGUUGAGCUAUAAUUUUAGUAGGUCUAUCUCGGUGGCGGGAAUUUGUAGAAAUGCACUGGAAAAUCUGCUGCUCGUGCAAGAGUGUAACUUCGGUCUGAGAAGUGCUUGGUGGGAAGGCUGUAGGGUUCCUCUCCUUGGAAGAAAUCAACAAUUUGCAUCUCAUUUUCGACAUUUCUACAUAUAUUUUAGGACUACAAAAUCUGGGAAAUAAUUACGUUGGUUAUCAUGCUAAAAUCUGCCAGAAUAGUGCUAAAUAUAUAUGGCAUUUUUGAGUAUAUCAGAGCCAAAUCAGCAGCUUAAAUCACAUGUUCAGUCAGAAUCUGACAGCUGGCCAAAUAGUAGCACAUUAAGCAAGAUUGAUGUUGUUAGAAAAUAACAUGUUUCUUUUUUUACAGCAAAAUUUCACACGUGUCAAUUCAAAAACAGCUUCUACAAUGCUCCCACUUCUCAUCUGGCAAUACAUUUCUCUUUAUCUGUAAAAUUUGGUUCAGUGUAGACGGCAUGUACAUCACAUGCACAGGUUAUACCUGUCUCUAAUUAGCUGUUUUUGCUAUGUUUACUUUUAGUUUUCUAUGACUUCGAAGGUAUUUCUACUUUUACUUUUGUGCAUACGCUCGUGACGACGGCUCAACUCUAAAACUGCAGUUGAUGUCAAAUAAAAAAAAAUGCCAGUAACUUAAAAUACAACAUAUUUAACUCACAAAUGUGCCUGUAAAGUUAGAUAUUUUGCUUUAGCCUUUGUGAUAUACAUGUUGUAAAUUCUAAAUGGUGAAUGAUAAUGAAUUGGGUUUAGACAGAAAAGUUGUUCGGUGACUUUUAGUUUAGAGUAUGAAUACAUUUUAGUGUAGAAAGAGCAUAACAAGUGCAGUAAGCUACAUGUAUUGCUGUUUCUGGAAUAAAUAACAUCUGUUCACCCUUUCA